CAGUCUGAUAUUUCUCUAGCUCCAUGUUCCUGCUGGUCAUCGCUACUGCCUAUCUGGAGGCCCAGGGAAUAUGGGAGCCUUUCAAACGACGGCUGUCUGUGGAAUCCAACUCUCCCAUGGAGACUGGAAAACCAUUUGAUCUCAGGGAAAUUGUACGAAUUCAAAGUGAUGCUAACUUGAAUGAUUUUGCCGACUCAAACCAGAACUCGACAAGAGGAAUGUAUGGGUCAAGCGGUGGCGGGAGGGCUGGGGGUCGGCAGGGUGGUCCUCCCUCCAGUUCCAACAGCAAUGGUGUUCUGCCAGACAGUAAGCCCAAAUCUGGUUCAGGCCGCUCUGGAUCUAUGCAACCCUCCUCCAGCUUUCCGCUCAAUAAAGAUAGUGGCCAAGGACUGAGCCAGCUAACUAAUCGAAAGGCCCGGAGUUCCAAACAGCAGCAGCAGGGCUCAGGCCUCCUGGAGGACCUUCCAAGCUCAGGACCCUCACAGUCCAACAGCACAAGGGCCAACAGUACAGAGGAACAGGACUACAACCGACUUCUGGCAGCCAUGGAUAAAGACCACGACAGGCCUGAGUCUCCUGCCAAUAACGUGUCUUCAGAACACAAUUCACAACAGCCUUCACAAAACAAAGUACUUGAAUCAAAAGGGAAAGUGAAGAAUAAAACAAAAGCUCUUAAAAAGAAAGAGGAGAAAGAGAGGAAAACAAAGGGAAAGACUCAAGGAGAAGAUUUAAAAGAGCCACUGGCAGACAACGAUGACAGCUCUUCUACUACCACAGAGACCUCUAACCCUGACGUGGAGGCCAAUAUUAAAGAGGAGCCAGUGAAGGUGAAAGGAAAAUCUGUGUCAGUGGACAAUGGAAAAGAAAGAGAAGAAAUUACUCCCUCCCCCGCUAAACCAAAAACUAAGAAACAACCAACCACAAAGAAGGAGAAUCAACUGGAAAAAUCCAGCUCCCUAGAACUCCCUUACGUCACUCCCCUGGAAAAACAGGAUAAGCAGCGCAAGACCUUCACCAAAACCCUCGCCAAUACAGGAAUUCACAGUGUCCCCAAACCACGAGCUCUGAGCAAAAUCAGUGGGAAGAUGGGUGAUGAUCGGCCAUCUCCGCUUGGAAAGUUUGUAGUCAAUGGCUCCAUGCAGGAAUUGGGUCAUAGCAGCGGAUCAGAAGGAGAGAAAGAGUCCCCACCAGAAUGGGAUGUUCCUCUUAAAACUAGCAACCUGGACAGUCUUCAACAGAUAUCUAUGCAGACCAUGCAUGCAGACCCCUUCCUGAAAGGCUCCAGUUCAGUCAUGUCCAGAGCCUGUUCACCACCCCCGACCUCUCCUAGCCUGGUGCCUCGUGGAAGCUACGGCAGUGUGCUCCACACCAGCAGCGAGGCUAAUUUGAAGAAGGCUCCAGGGAAUAAGCUCACCAAGUCGGCCUCUCUGCCUGGUCAAAAUGGAAAUCCAACUUUCGCAGCUGUAGCUGCUGGCUAUGACAAAAGCCCUGGUGGAAGUGGCUCAGCUAGUAAAGCUGACAGUCUAGGGAAGGUGACACUAUCUCAAAUAACAUCAGUGGAGAGUGAUGGAUCUGACAGCUCUGGACUGUGGAGCCCAAUAGACACCACCAGCAGCCCCAGUUUUGGACCGGUAAAUGCUUUCUCUGCUUUUGGACCCAACAACCCACUUAAUCUUUCUGGAGUUUUCAGAGGCAUGACUGUUCCCAAGAGUUCAGAGCCCCAGCAGAUUUGGCCUGACUACACUCCAAUGUCCCCGUCCAUCUGGGAUACUGAGCCAAAUAAUUCCUGGGCUACCAGCACUGGAUCUCCAGCAACUCCAACAACUGUAAGAUAUCACUUCCUUGUCACAUUGUCAUGUCUCAUUCAGAUGGACACCUGAUGAUUUUUCUUUUUGAUAUCAAGGUUAUUUUCAGAUUAAUCUUGAACCAUUACACACUACUGUUUGGAUCAGCAGUUUUUUAAAAUACAUUUAUUCAGCAAGGAU